CCCCUCCCGCCGCCGCCGCCGGAAGUGACGCCACUUCCGCCUCCGCUGCAGGCCGGGCCCGAGGCGGGGCGGUGCGGGGGCCGCCAUGUCGACGUCGCUGGGCUCCAACACGUACAACCGGCAGAACUGGGAGGACGCCGACUUCCCUAUUCUGUGCCAGACAUGUCUUGGAGAGAACCCCUACAUUCGCAUGACCAAAGAGAAGUAUGGAAAGGAAUGCAAGAUUUGUGCCAGGCCCUUCACGGUGUUCCGCUGGUGCCCCGGUGUCCGUAUGCGUUUCAAGAAAACAGAAGUGUGCCAGACCUGCAGCAAGCUGAAGAACGUCUGUCAGACCUGCCUGCUUGACCUGGAGUAUGGUUUGCCUAUCCAAGUCCGAGAUGCAGGACUCUCCCUUAAGGACGAAAUGCCUAAAUCUGAUGUCAAUAAAGAGUAUUACACCCAGAACAUGGAACGUGAGAUAGCCAACUCUGAUGGCACCAGACCAGUGGGCGCGCUAGGAAAAGCUACUUCCACCAGUGACAUGCUGCUGAAGCUGGCUCGGACCACGCCUUACUACAAACGUAACCGUCCCCACAUCUGUUCCUUCUGGGUUAAAGGAGAAUGCAAGCGAGGAGAGGAGUGUCCUUACAGACAUGAGAAACCUACGGAUCCAGAUGAUCCUCUGGCUGAUCAGAACAUCAAAGAUCGUUACUAUGGCAUUAACGAUCCCGUGGCUGAUAAGCUCCUGAAACGAGCAUCGACCAUGCCUCGACUGGACCCUCCUGAUGACAAGACCAUUACUACGCUGUACGUCGGAGGGCUCGGAGAUACUAUCACUGAAUCAGAUCUCAGAAAUCACUUCUACCAGUUUGGGGAAAUUCGGACGAUAACUGUGGUGCAGCGACAGCAGUGUGCUUUCAUCCAGUUUGCCACCCGGCAAGCUGCAGAAGUGGCUGCUGAGAAAUCCUUCAACAAACUCAUCGUCAACGGCCGCAGGCUCAAUGUCAAGUGGGGAAGGUCUCAGGCAGCAAGAGGAAAAGAGAAGGACAAAGAAGGUACUACAGAAUCUGGGAUAAAGCUGGAACCAGUUCCAGGACUUCCCGGAGCUCUCCCACCUCCUCCAGCUGCAGAAGAGGAGGCUUCUGCAAAUUACUUCAACCUACCUCCGAGUGGCCCUCCAGCUGUGGUUAACAUUGCCUUGCCACCACCUCCUGGCAUUGCUCCGCCACCACCUCCAGGUUUUGGACCACACAUGUUCCACGCCAUGGGGCCACCGCCUCCCUUCAUGAGGGCGCCAGGCCCCAUUCACUACCCGUCUCAAGACCCCCAGAGGAUGGGCGCCCACGCGGGAAAGCACAGCAGCCCCUAGCACGUCGUGUCACCCUGGUCAUUUAAGUACACGUUAUUUUCUAGUUACCAUGGUAGUGCCGUAUGUUGAGCUGUGGGUGAGCUAGAGAAGCCUUCUUUCCCUGCUUGCAGACGCUGGGCAAGCUGAGCUCCGCGUCACCGUUAGCUGUCGGAUCGUUGAUACAGCCCAGGUCUUUGGUUUAGUAUCGGGGGGGUGGGGGGCAGACAGAAGGGCUGUCGGGGGGGGGGGUCUGUGGAUCAGGUGUACCAGAAUUCCAGUGCUCGUAGUGUAUCCCAUUUGCACACUUUUGAAAUAAACUUCUGGAAAAACAAAAACCAAACCCUCUUCAAGGCCAUUUGAUACCCUCAGUCUGAACACUGUGGACUAUUUAAGUGUAACGAGAGAUUUCUCUGUGUCACGUAGCCAAUGAAUUGUUACUCUAAUGACGUGUUAAUCUUGUAGUAUCGAGCCAGGACUGAAUAAGAGCUGAAAAACAAGCUUCUCACGUGUGCCAAACCCAUGGCUUUGCCUUACUAGCGCCACAGAUAUUUUUUUUCCCCCUACUUUUUCACGACUUUUAACAGAAAGAAACUUUCUGGUGCUUCACUUCUAAUCCUGGGUGUCCCGAGCAAGACAAGUUGGGUUGUGCAAGCAGCCCCCUGGUGAUGUAGGCAUGACCUGGAGUGACAGGUUAGCGGUUCCCACCUGGGGACGCUCCCCAGAAGGGGAUGUUAUAAGACGUGAAACUUUUCUUUCUGUGCUCCAACUGUAGCGUUUGUCUAGGAGCAACUGCAUGGAGCCUGCCAUUGAGUAGGGUGUGCGGGCACGUGGCUAGAGGAUGUUAACGUGUCUGUAUGUCUGCUGCUUUCAUGUAACUGAUCUGUGGGCAUCUGUAGAGCAAAACAUGAUGGGACCUGUUCUGAAGACUCCUUUGCUUGUUUUAAAAAAAUACAUUAAACGCACGAGUUUUUCAACA